AUGGCGAGAAACGACGGCGCGGCAGUGUCCCCGAAAAGGCUAUUUGGAGGCACGACUAUAGUUCUCCUCCUCGCACUUCUCAUUCCUGAUCCCACUGGGAUGGGGACCGGCGGCACACGCGGCGCCGGACAAUACUUCGCCGCAGAAGCGAUUCCCUUCAUCGAACAGUCGCAACAUGAUCCACCUCCUCCAUCCUCCCCCACUUCCACCCCUUCACCCCCUUUAUUCCAGUCCCGCCUCUCAAGGAGAUGUCUAAGGGAGAUUUUGAGGCGGCGAGAGGGUGACAGAAUAUCAUCAACGGCGGCGGCUGCGCGGCCUUCGAAUAUCGAUUAUGAGGCGCCCUUCCCCCUCCCUCCAGGAGCUGUCCAAGUCCCGCCUCUCAAGGAGCUGUCCAAGGUGUGGGAAAUCGACAUUGUCAACGGCGGGGACUGCGCGGACACGUAUAACACCCAGGUGGUGCGCGAGUGCGACACGGAGGGCUUCAUCGUCUCCAUCACGUACGCGCCAAUGCCCAUGGGUGCAAGUGCUGCUGCUGCUGCUGCUGCUUGUGGUGGUGAUGCUGCUGGUGGUGCUGAUCCUUCAUUUAUCUAUCCAUCCUCCCUCUCCUCCUUCUCCCUCGGCCUUCUCCCUCCGCCUUCUCCCUCCGCCCUCUCCCUCCGCCUUCUCCCUCCGCCCUCUCCCUCCGCCCUCUCCCUCCGCCCUCUCCCUCCGCCCUCUCCCUCCGCCCUCUCCCUCCGCCUUCUCCCUCCGCCCUCUCCCUCCGCCCUCUCCCUCCGCCCGCUCAUCCCGCCUCUCCUUCCGGCCCUCUCCUUCCGACACCCCUCUGCGCCACACCAGCCCAACGUCCCUGAUCACCCAACAGGGCUUCAGCACCAUUCCAGAUGUCAUCACCAACCUCACACGACUCACCUCCCUGUAAGCCACUCUGCUGUCACCCUCUCUCCCUGCUGUCACCCUCUCUCCCUGCUGUCACCCACUCCCUCUGCUGUUACCCACUCUCUUUGCUACCUGGGGUUCAUCCCCGUUAGAGGCACCCUGCCCGCCAGCAUGGGCAACAUGACCAACCUGCAAAAGCUAACCAUCACGCAAGUGGCAUUGGGCAGCAUGGCAGUGUGUGUUGAGUCAACUCACUACUCUCCUUCCCCUCCCUUCCGCCCGCGCAGAACAAUCAUGCAGGUGGCAUCGGGCAGCAUCCCGGCCUCCUUUGGCAACAUGGCCAGCCUGCAAUCACUGAGCAUCAGCGUGAGUGACUACGACACCACAGCGACCUCACCAACAACAGCAUUGGUCCACUCACUGACAUUAUUGGCCUUCCCAUGCCUGUCCCUCCAACGCCUCUCCCUUCCUCCCUCACCUCUCCCUCCCACACGUCCCAGCGACCUCACCAACAACAACAUUGGACCGCUCACCGACAGCAUUGGCACCAUUCCCAACCUGGAGUACCUCACUCUCACGGGCAACAACUUCACAGGCAGCACCAUUCCCAGCACCAUCACCGCCCUUACAAACCUCGUUGAGCUUCUGCCCACCCUCUGCCCAUCCUAUGCCCACCCUCUGCCCAUCCUCUGCCCAUCCUCUGCCCACCCUCUGCCCAUCCUCUGCCCAUCCUCUGCCCACCCUCUGCCCAUCCUCUGCCCAUCCUCUGCCCAUCCUCUGCCCAUCCUCUGCCCAUCCUCUGCCCAUCCUCUGCCCAUCCUCUGCCCCUACCUUUCUUGCCCCAGGAGCCUCCACUACACAGGAGCCUCGACUACACAGUUUUCUCCUACUGUUCCUCACCGCCCUGCCCCCCUCACCACGCUGCCCCCCUCACCGCCCUCCCCCCCUCACAGCCCUCCCCCCCACACCGCCCUCCCCCCCUCACCUCCCUGCCCCCCUCACUGCCCUGCCCUACUCACCGCCCUGCCCCUCUCACUGCCCUGCCCUACUCACCGCCCUGCCCCUCUCACUGCCCUGCCCUACUCACCGCCCUGCCCCUCUCACUGCCCUGCCCUACUCACUGCCCUGCCCCACUCACCGCCCUCCCUCCCUCACCGCCCUCCGCCCCUCACCGCCCUCCUCCUCCCACCACCCCUUCCCUGCAGCAACUACGACUCUACUGUGGCCUGCCCUGCCAGCAACACCUCGUGUGUGGUGGAGCAGAGAGACGGCAGCGAGUUCUGCACCGCCUGUGCUGCCUUCUGCAACUCCUGCAUCCCUCCUGCCCCUGGUGGGUACAAUCUGUUGCAUCCCUCCUGCCUGGUGGGUACAAUCUGUUGCUUCCCUCCUGCCUGGUGGGUACAAUCUGUUGCUUCCCUCCUGCCUGGUGGGUACAAUCUGUUGCUUCCCUCCUGCAUGGUGGGUACAAUCUGUUGCUUCCCUCCUGCCUGGUGGGUACAAUCUGUUGCUUCCCUCCUGCCUGGUGGGUACAAUCUGUUGCUUCCCUCCAGCCUGGUGGUUACAAUCUGUUGCUCCCCUCCUGCCUGGUGGGUACAAUCUGUUGCUUCCCUCCUGCCUGGUGGGUACAAUCUGUUGCUUCCCUCCUGCCUGGUGGUUACAAUCUGUUGCUCCCCUCCUGCCUGGUGGGUACAAUCUGUUGCUUCCCUCCUGCCUGGUGGGUACAAUCUGUUGCUUCCCUCCUGCCUGGUGGGUACAAUCUGUUGCUUCCCUCCUGCCUGGUGGGUACAAUCUGUUGCUUCCCUCCUGCCUGGUGGGUACAAUCUGUUGCUUCCCUCCUGCCUGGUGGGUACAAUCUGUUGCUUCCCUCCUGCCUGGUGGUUACAAUCUGUUGCUCCCCUCCUGCCUGGUGGGUACAAUCUGUUGCUUCCCUCCUGCCUGGUGGGUACAAUCUGUUGCUUCCCUCCUGCCUGGUGGGUACAAUCUGUUGCUUCCCUCCUGCCUGGUGGGUACAAUCUGUUGCUUCCCUCCUGCCUGGUGGGUACAAUCUGUUGCUUCCCUCCUGCCUGGUGGGUACAAUCUGUUGCUUCCCUCCUGCCUGGUGGGUACAAUCUGUUGCUUCCCUCCUGCCUGGUGGGUACAAUCUGUUGCUUCCCUCCUGCCUGCUCGGGGCUGUCCACAGGAGCCAUCGUGGGCAUCGUGGUGGGCGUGCUGCUGCUGGUCGUUGGCGUCGUUGCUGCUGUCUUCAUCAUCAUUCAGUGUGGCAACAGGUCCAAAGGACUUGCCGUUGUCUUCAUCAUCCUGCAUGAGCAGGUGCUUCUCCUCUCCGUUUGUGAGACGUCUCUCACUU